AUGUUCAGGGCCUCAGCUCGUGCUGCCAGAAUAAACUUUAGGAGAUUCAACUCCUCGGGCCACCACGAUGCCCCAGCUCCAUCGCAAAACGAAAUCGACGUUACAAAAGUGUUUGGCGUUGCUCUUUUGGCAGGCGUCUCCCUCUUCUUCUACAGAUCUUCCAAGGAGCCCGUCAUCAAGACCCCCUUGUACAACCAAGUGGAGGAGCGUGUGCAAAUGAGAAACGAAGCUUACGCCAGAAAGUACAAGACCUCUUUCAUCAAGUCUUUCAUCAGAGACAAGGGCGGUAUCGGCCUGAAGCAGCACAGAAGAGAAGUCAUUGGCGCUGUUCCAACCACCGCCAUCCCUACACAUUCUCCAUACGGCAAUCAGUUUGGUGCUGGUAUCAAGACCGCUGAUUUGGGCCCAAGAAAGGAGAGAAUCAAGUACUACGCCCCAUUGGAAAACUAA